AAUUACAAGCCCAGAACAAUAAUAAUAAGCAGCAACAGCAACAUGAGCAGCCUGUCAGCAGCAGCAGCAGCAACAACUGCAGCAACAGCAACAGCAACAGCAGCGGCAACAACGGGCAGCCUGGAGCCGGCGGUGGUGCCACGUACCGCCAAUUUGCUGGCAUGCAAACAAUGGUGGCGCGUCUGCUUCUUGUAUGGCGACCAGCAGAAAUAUUAUCGACAGCUCUAUAGCAAGGCGGCUGCCCAGCGGCUGGCGGCCAGUGGCGGCAGCGCCAACGAGGCUAAUCAUGAAAAUGACAAUGCCAGCAGCAGCAGUAACAACAACAAUAACUGCCAAUUGACGGGAACGGGCGAUGACUACGAUACGGUUGGCUUUGGCACUGGCGAUUGCGAUUUUAUCGCAGUGCAAUUAGAUGCCAGCGAAGAUGCGGACGAUGGCAUCGAUCUGGGCGAUAGCAACCAGCAGCAGCAUCCAACCACCGGCAGAAAGUGCACAGCAACCAGCAAUAAUGCGGCAGCAGCAGCAACAAGCAGCAGCCGUCCGUUGUUUCCCGCCAAAUGCGAAACGUCGGGAACAACGCCACGUCGCAGCAAAAAGCUGCUGCGCUCGCUGCGUGCUCAUGUCAAGGGCGAGGCCAGGCACAAGGAUCAGCAGCAGCAGCAGCAACAGCAGCAGCUGCCUCAACAGUCGCCGCCAGAGGAGCCCACCAAGCGCAAUGCCAAGGUAACUGUGCUGGACGAUCCCUUUUUGUUUGGCAUCGAUGCGGAUCAUUUGGGCGACUUGAUUCGCGGCAAGCACUACAGCACGGCGGAUGCCACCGAGCACAUAGCCAAGUACUAUGGCAUGCACCUGGAGGCGCAAGCCGAGCUGGAAAACACUGGAACCACUUGCACCGCUCAGGUGCUGGAGAUAAUCGAGCAGUCCGAGGAGGAGCUGCUCGAGGAGGAGCCCAAGCCAGCGUUGCCGCCCAAGCAGAAACAACAGCGUGCUGCACCGCCGCCGCCCGCACGCACCACAAUUGGAUCCACAGCCGCACCCGCACCCUCUGCUGCACUGCAGCCGCUUACCGCCAGCGAUCUAAAGUUUCUGAACUUGAGCCUGCGCCAGCGCAGCCUGCCGCGCAGCAUGAAGCCGUUUAAGGAUCCGCACGAUAUCAGUUUCACUUUCAAUGAGCUCAACAGCUCCAACUGCAGCAACGCACAGCCGCCGGAAGUGGUUGUCGGCAUGGCUGAAAUGGACACGGCAGCAGGAGCUGCCGGAGCAGGAGCAGCAGGCGCAUCCACACAGCAGGAGUCAAAUGAGCCCAUAAGUCGCACGCCGCUAACGCAGAUCUCCUAUCUGCAGAAGAUACCCACGUUGCCGCGCCACUUCUCGCCCAGCCAGGGACAUGGCACGUUGCCAGCAAUCCAGCCAGCGCUGAGCAAUCUCGGUCUGCCCAGCAGCUCCUCGGCGAGCGCUUUGUAUGCGGCACAGAAUGCGGGCAUGUUGCCCACAUCGCCGCUGCCGUUGCAGCGGCACCAGCAAUACUUGCCGCCGCAUCAUCAGCAGCUGCCCAUGCAGCUGCCGCCAGCCGUGGGAGCAGCUGUUGCCGCACAGUAUUCGCCCGCCGGCUCGGGCUGCUCCGGCAAUGUGAAGUAUACCAAUGCGCAACAUGGACACCAGCUGCAGCAGCAUCCACAUCCACAUCAUCAACUGUCGCCGGCGCUGUCGACACCGUCGCCGCCAUCGCUGCUGCACCAUCCAGCGGGCCACUGCUCCUCCUCGUCCUCGUCGGCGGCGGCAGCAGCGGCCGCAGCGGCAGCGCAUGCGCCCUUUCUGGCCGGGCCGCACAUGGACAUGCAGCGACAGUCGCACUCGGACGAUGACAGCGGCUGUGCGCUCGAAGAGUACACAUGGGUGCCGCCUGGCCUGCGACCGGAUCAGGUUCGCUUGUAUUUCUCGCAAAUACCCGACGACAAAGUGCCAUACGUCAACAGUCCCGGAGAGCAGUAUCGUGUGCGACAAUUGCUGCAUCAACUGCCGCCGCAUGAUAACGAGGUUCGUUACUGUCACUCACUGACGGAUGAGGAGCGCAAGGAGCUGCGUUUGUUUUCCACACAGCGCAAACGUGAUGCACUCGGACGCGGCAAUGUGAGACAGCUGAUGAGCGCACGUCCAUGCGAUGGCUGCGACGAGCUGAUUUCCACUGGCGACAUUGCGGUCUUUGCCACGCGCCUCGGCCCCAAUGCCAGCUGGCAUCCGGGCUGCUUUACGUGCUGCAUUUGCCGUGAGCUGCUCGUGGAUCUCAUCUAUUUCCAUCGGGAUGGGCGCAUGUAUUGUGGCCGCCAUCACGCGGAGACGCUGAAGCCGCGCUGCUCCGCCUGCGAUGAGAUUAUCCUGGCGGAUGAGUGCACCGAGGCCGAGGGACGUGCCUGGCACAUGAAUCACUUCGCCUGCCACGAGUGCGACAAGCAGCUGGGCGGCCAGCGGUACAUAAUGCGGGAGGGCAAACCGUACUGUCUGCUUUGCUUCGAUGCGAUGUUUGCCGAAUAUUGUGACUACUGUGGCGAAGCGAUUGGCGUGGAUCAGGGCCAGAUGAGUCAUGAUGGCCAGCAUUGGCAUGCCACCGAUGAGUGCUUCUCGUGCAACACCUGCCGCUGCUCGCUGCUGGGUCGCGCCUUUUUGCCGCGCCGUGGCGCCAUCUAUUGCUCGAUAGCCUGCAGCAAGGGCGAGCCACCGACGCCGUCGGAUAGCUCCGGCACGGGCAUGUAUACCACGCCCACGCCGCCGGCGCAGCGUGUGCGGCCGCAACAGACGCGCAUACCCAGCAGCCACGCCUCCAGCUCGCCGCCCAUGUCGCCGCAGCAGCAGCAACAGCAUCAGGCCAGCUUCAAUCAGGCCAUGUACCAACUGCAGAGCCAGCAGCUGGCCGCAGGCGUGGCCGGCAAUGAGCUGCCGGGCGGCCUGUUAGUGGCGCAUGCCAAGCAGAGCUAUGCCACCUCAGACUCGGACGCGGGCGUUGUCAAGGAUCUGGAGCAGGUUGGGCACAAUGCGGUCGCCGGUGGCGGCGGGGGAGGCGGGGAUUUUACCGAUUUCUCCAGCUCGCAGAAUAUGUCGCCGUUGAACUCGCCCGGCGACUUCCAGCCGCAUCUAAUGCCCAAGCCCAUGGAGCUGCAGCGCGACGGUGUCUACAACUUCAACGAGAUGGCCACCAAUUUGGAUGCAGCGUGGCCGGCCAAGCCGCCGCUGGGCGGCACGCACAGCUAUCAGCUGCAACGGCAGCUGCAACAGGUCUCCAAAAUGGACAACUCCAUCACCUCCAGCAUGCCGGAGCUGGGCGUGGUCGGUGCUCAGCACCUGGCGCACUUUGCACAGCAGCUGCCGCCGGCGCCGCCGCUGCACGCUUCCGCACAGCAGUUCCAUGCGUCGCAGCACGAGUAUGCGGACAUAUUGCAUCCGCCGCCAGCACCGCCGCCGGUUGGUGAGCUGCCCGAGCUGCCCACGCCCAAUCUGAGUGUGGCCUCAACGGCGCUGCCGUCAGAGCUGAUGGGCUCGCCUACGCACUCCGCCGGCGAUCGGUCGCUGCAAACGCCGCUGUCGACGCAAUCGGCGACGCAGCCGCCCACGCAUCCCGUUUCCAUAUUGAGCGGCGCCAGCUCCUCCUCUCCCAUGAGCGGUGAGCCGACCAAGAAGAAGGGCGUGCGCUUCGAGGGCAUACCCGACACGCUGCCCCGCUCGCGCAGCUACUCCGGCAAUGGCGCCGGCACCAGCGGCGCUGGCGAAAGGGACCGAGAGCGGGACAGAGAGAGGGACAGAGAUAGGGAUAGGGACAGGGCCGGGGACAGGGAGCGGGAUGUCAAUCGACAUGGACAUGGGCACUCUUCGCGGCGCCGUCGUCGUCGCAAGUCCUCGAGCCACCAUCGCAGCGGUAGCGGGCAUCGCUCGCACUCGACCACGCGUGCCGAUACCUAUGCACCGGCCCAGCCGCUGUCCUCCUCCUACCAGGGCCCGCCCUCGGUGUUGCAGGCCAGCGCAUUGGCCGAGCACGAGUCACCGCACAAGUCCCCGCGCCAGCAGCGUGAACGGGAACGCGAACGGGAGCGGGAGCGCGAUGAAUCCGAGGAAUCGGAUGUGUGCUCCACCUGUUCGUCCAGCUCAUCCAGCUCCGAGGAUUACAUGAUGAUGUAUCAGCUGCCGCAGAGGCGCCACUAUGGCGGCGUACGCGUCAGCUAUGUGCCCAACGACGCCCUGGCCUACGAUCGCAAGCGCAAGCCCACAGACCCGAGCGGCGCUGACAAGGACAAAAAUUGUAUCAUCUCGUGAUCCAAGCCGGCGGCCAUUUUAAUUAGCGCUGAUUGCGCGCCUGCCUGAUAAUAAAUGAGGCGCCUCAAGCGCCCUUUACUAACGAAGCAGCCACCAGGUGGUCAUCAAUUUUCAAUAUAUACACAUACACACACAUACAUACUCUUACCGAUACAGAGAGUGAAGCAUAGCCGAGAGCAGAACUCAUAUCCCGCACUUUUACAAAGCAAUAAAGUUCAACUUGAGAUUUAAGACGCGCCUAGUUAAGCAUUGGAAACUACAAAUGAGAUACAAUACGAGAGGAAGGACUCUCCUCAAUACUGUUCCAAAAAUAUAUAGCACAUCCCUAAUUAAGCGAAUCAAACUAAGAUAAGUCCUAUAUAUAUAUAUAUAUAUAUGCAUACCUAUUUUUAUAUGCGAUGAAUACUCUUAAGGCAAGAGAACUAUAUAAUUAACUUAUACCUACAACAACAUAUACAUAUAUAUAUAUAUAUAUAUAUAUAUAUAUAUAUACUACAUAUAUUUACAGAUUUGUAUUUAUUGAAAUUAAGUUUUAUGCAGCAACUAUUUACACACGAUCAACUUUUAAUUAACUGACUUUUAGUUCAGUAGGAAAAAGCCGUUGCGAUAAGAUUUGGCUAAAGAAACUUACAAUAAUUCUAGACUAAGAACUAAUUUGUACAAGACCCUAUGA